GAUGAACGUGCGCCGCUUUGUCCCUUUGCCGGGCUCUCCCCGCCCCCUCCCUGACCUUCAGCCCCCUGUCACCAGUGCUGCUGGAGGGGAGGGCCGGGGGCUGCCCCCUGGGUUCUAAGGCUCCCCGCGUGCCCUGGCCCCCAGAGGCCCCCAGCCCGCACCCGGACAACAGGUGCGCCGAGGAGGAGGGCGGGAGCUGGGGGCGGGGCCCCUCGGGCCUCAGGGCGCGCGGUCCCCCGGGUCCCCCCGCCCUCACGAGCGGACGCGGCGCGGGAGGCGGCGGUGGAGGCGAGCGGGGCGCGGCGGCGGGCACCACGGCGGGCACCGCGGCGGGCACCGCGGCGGGAGCGCGAGCGGCGGCGCCAGCCCAGCCCCGGCCAGCGCGUCCGCCGAGCCCGGGGUCCGCGGAGACAUGAGCGCCCGGCAGCGCGACGCACCCAAGGCGCAGCGGCGCGGCCCCGCGGCCCCGUGAUGGGCUCCUGCGUGUCUCGAGACCUGUUCACAAGUGCCCACAAGGACUGCCCCCUGCCCCACGGCGCGGACCCCCUGAACCCAGACUUGCCCGCUACUGCUCCAGACCAUGUCAUUGGCAAGGACAAACAGAUGGAUUUCUGUUGGGAUCCUUGGCAGAGGUGCUUCCAGACCACCAGCGGCUACCUGUCCGACUCCAGGGCCUGCUCCAGCAGCUACAACGUGGCCGCCCUGGCCACCUCGUCCCUUGUGGGCGUGGUGCAGAGCAUCAAGGACCACAUCACCAAGCCCACGGCCAUGGCGCGCGGCCGCGUGGCCCACCUCAUCGAGUGGAAGGGCUGGACGGCGCAGCAGUCAGCCUGGGAGCUGUCCCCGGACGACGACGAGCCCUACUGCUGCCUCUCGGAUGAGCUGCGCGAGGCCCGCUUUGCCGCCGGGGUCGCAGAGCAGUUCGCCAUCACGGAGGCCACGCUGAGUGCCUGGUCCUCGUUGGACGAUGAGGAGCUGCACCCCACCAACAGCCCCCGGGACACCGUCCAGCUUCAAGACCUGGAGAGCGUCUACCUUCAGGACAGCCUGCGAAGUGGCCUCUCGCUGGACGACAGUCUCCUGGCCUUCUCCUCCCCUGGCCUCUCCCCGGAAGGCUGGCCCUCCCCCGAGGAGCCCCCACUCGCAGUGGCUGGCCCCCAGCCCCCCAGCCCGGGACAGCAGCAGCAGCGGGAGCCGGGGGGCCCAGACCCCGCCCGAGCUGCCCGCCUGCGGGGCUCUCUGCCCUCGGUGGACUGCGGUGUCCCCUCGGAGGAGGAGGAUGAGGUGUUCUAUAACUGAGGCCCACCCCAACAGCGCCUGCCGAGCGGCUCCUGACCCCUCUGGCCAGCAGGGACGGGGCCAGCACUCCGAGGGGGGCACUCUGCGCGUCCCCCUUUUCUUGGCUCAGGUGGGCACCUUCCCCUGCAGAAUUCCCUCCAGGGGACCGCUCAAGUCUGCUCAGGUGCCCAGAGGAACCAACAGCUGGGAAAAGGCCUGGGACACCCAGGGGAGGGGUCUGGGAGGAGGGCACACCCCCUGGGACGGGGCCUGGGAUGCCCUGUGGGCGGGGCCUGGGGCCGGCCACUCCCCUCCCCUUUGUGCUCCCGCACCCCAGCGGGGGUGGGAAGCUGAGCAUCAGCUGUCAGCCCUGGAGACUCUCUCCUCCUCAGAGUGUCCAUCUGUCUGUCCGUCCCUCUCUCAACCCCUGCUCCCCCUCUGUGCACUUCCUCUCCCUCCCUGAAGGGUCUCCGAAGACAUUAAAGUGGUGGGUGUGCCCUGGG